UCACAUCAACGUACCGUAUUUAUACCUACAUCACUUACGUCACUGUUCACACGCUUACUGUAGACUCACGCGAAACCAAACAAAAGUCCACGGAAAUAAUAGUAAAUAAAUGAAAAAACUAUCACACAUUCAACACAAAAGAUACCCAGAGAGAGAUAAGAAAGAAAUAGAGAGAGAUCCUUUGGACAUUUCAAGGUUAUCGUUUCUCUCUCUUGUUCUUGAGCUUUUGUGGGGGGAGAGAGAGAUGGGAAGGGGUAGGGUUCAGCUGAAGAGGAUAGAAAACAAGAUCAAUAGGCAAGUUACUUUCUCAAAGAGAAGGUCUGGUUUGCUCAAGAAAGCUCAUGAGAUCUCUGUUCUCUGCGAUGCUGAGGUUGCUCUCGUUAUCUUCUCUUCCAAAGGCAAACUCUUCGAAUAUUCCACCGACUCUUGCAUGGAAAGGAUACUUGAACGCUAUGAUCGCUAUUUGUAUUCAGACAAACAACUUGUUGGCCGAGACAUUUCACAGAGUGAAAAUUGGGUUCUCGAACAUGCUAAGCUCAAGGCAAGAGUUGAGGUACUUGAGAAGAACAAAAGGAAUUUUAUGGGGGAAGAUCUUGAAUCGUUGAGCUUAAAGGACCUCCAAAGUUUGGAGCAUCAGCUCCAUGCUGCAAUCAAGAGCAUUAGGUCAAGAAAGAACCAAGCUAUGUACGAAUCCAUAUCGGCACUCCAGAAGAAGGAUAAGGCCUUGCAAGAUCACAAUAAU